AUGAAGCUGUGGAAGUCGAAGAAGAGUGGCGGUGCCGCUUCCGGUGCCGCCGGGACCACCUCGACGAGCUGCGUGCCGGGCUCGGGCAGCACGAAAGGCGCUGGCAUUCUCGCGAAAACGUGCAAAUUCAACAGCAGCAGCACGCACAGCGGCGGCAGCGCCGGAAAUGGCAGCAGCCUGGACGAUAGCAGCGCAGAGACAUCCUUCAUCAACCAGGGGUCGGCGGGAGGUCCGGGCGAGCUGAACGGCGGAACUGGAGUGCCGGUGGCCAUGGUGCAGCACUCAUCCGGAAACAUAUUUGCGACAAGUGACCGCGCGAUGAGUCCCGCUCAGUCGGAAGAUUCCGGCCUAGCGGCGGAUCGUGGCACUACGUAUGCGACCAUUUCUAUACCACGAGACAACGGACAAAUCGGAAUCGUGCUAGCGGACCGUAGCGACCUGGCAUUUCCCCCAGUGGUGGAGUCCAUCAGUGGUCCGGUAGCCGAUUUGCUUGCUCCGGGAGAUCGCAUUCACCAGAUUGACGGUAUCUCCACGAUUGGGCUGACAAAUCAGCACAUCUUCAGUAUCCUGUGCCAUGGUGACGGACCGGCCGUGAUUGAGAUCGAAUAUUCCUUCCCGGAGUACAUUUCCCAGAAUAGCCUGUGCGUGACGACGAAGAUUGCUCAGAUUACGGUUGAGCGUGAAAAUGGCUGCCUCGGGUUGACGCUGCGGGGUGGAGGCGACUACCCUCUGGUGGUAACGAACGUCCGCAUGAAUGGGCCCGUGUUCAAGACGGGUCAGAUCAAACCAGGCGAUCGAGUAUUACGCGUCGACAAUAUUUCGCUGCUCAAUAAGAGCCUUUCGGAGGCGCAGCACAUACUGAAGGAUGCACACGUUUCGGGCUACACGAACCUCACGAUCGAGUACGACGUGUCGGUGAUGCAGACGGUCGAGUUGAGCAUGGGUCCGCUGCUGCUGGAAAUCGAGCGGCCGCUCAAUGAGAAGCUCGGCCUCAUACUCAGCAACUACUCCAGUGCGGUUAACCUGAACGACAUCUACCACAGCAGCUACAAGCUGAACGACGUCCAGCCGGACGGCAUCUUCAUCGCCAGCAUCCUGCCGGCCAGCAUCGCCGAUCGCUGCGGAGCGCUCACAGUGGGCGAUCAGAUACUGUCGAUCGACGAGAUGGUCGUGGAUGGUGGCGUGUGCACGCUAGAGGAGGCCAGCACCCUGCUGGAUGCUAACUGCGUUAAAGGCUACACCCAGCUGCACAUUCUGCCGGCCCAUACGUUUGUACGACGCCGUGGAAUUUCUUACUCGAGCCCUCGUAACGGCUUCAACACGGUCGACUCGCGGAAGAACGUUGCUAGCAACAAACAUCGGCGGCUUCUACGCAAGAGUUCACUGCCACAGACCGCUGAGGAUGGGCUGCUGCAUCCCACGGUCGGUCUAUGCAAGAUAGAGAAGAUUCACAUCAUCCUGGACUGCUCACAGGGCUCGGGCAUAUGUCUCGGGCCGAAGACGUCGUGCGGGCGCGGCUUCGUCAUCGCCCAGAUUCUGCCGGACUCGGUCGCCGAGCGAUCGGGUUGCCUGCAGAAGGGCGACCGGAUCGUGGCGGUCAACAAGAUGUGCAACCUCGAUGCAAAUGCCGUCCGGCAGAUACUGGGCGAUUUUGGUCCGGUGACGGCCGCCAACCUGUACCACAAUCAACCGCAGACUUCCAACUGGGUGGAGCUGGAGAUUGAGUUCGAUAUGGCUGACGCGGUCGUGCCGUCGAGUGGCGUCUUCAACAUCAAGCUGCUGAAGCAGAGCAAGUGUGGCCUCGGCAUCACCGUCAACGGGAACGCGCACGGUUCGUUCGUGAUUGCUGAGGUGAAACCGGGUAGUGCGGCGCACCGGACGGGCUCGCUGCGUGCUGGCGACCUGCUAAUGGCGGUGGACGGUCGCCCACUGCAGCACUACAACCUGGACCUGCUGCUGAAGGAAAGUAAGAACGACUGCAUUACGCUCACGGUGAAGCGGAACUCGUUGCCAGAUUUCCUGUUUGACGCGCAACCGAAACCAAGCGCCAUCUAUGGCACGGUUGAGGAUGUCGGCGCAGCCUUCGGCUACGGAAACAGCUAUGCGGAUGCGUCGAUACUGCGGAUGAACAACUCGGACUCGUACCAGCUUGACGAGCAACUGCGUCGCCCUGUGUGGAGCAACACCGGUUCCUACGAGGCGCCUGGUACGAGUCAAAGCACUGGUACGCUGAAGGCACCCAGCACACAGGGCGGUAGUACAGAGCACCUGCCACUGCCACCGGCACAUAUGCUCAGCAACGACGGGGAGCCGGGCGAAGGCGAACGCUACGACGACAUCAUGCACUACAAGAUGGCAUCGAUGAACAUAAGCAACACGAACUACGUCGGAUUCGGCUCGAGCGGAUCCGUGGACCAACAUCAGCAGGCCACAUCGACGCCCCGCGACGAGUCCCAGCAGGCGAUUCACAUGCCACAGCAACAGCAGAAGCAUCAGCGAGUGUUUAGCGUGCGUCUAGAGCCCAACGGUGGCCCACUUGGGAUUACCCUUGCCGCAAGCGAAGAUCUGCAGAAACCGAUCAAGAUCAGUGCCCUCACGGAGGGUGGAAUCGCGUACAACACCGGCCAGCUCAAGGUGGGCGACUGUCUGCUAGCCAUCAAUGGCGAGAGUAUCGCCGGUGUACCACUAACCACAGCCACCAAGCUGCUGCAGAAGUUCGAGAACGUUGUCGACCUGCAGAUAGCCCGCACGGAGCCGCUAACGGGCAUGCAGACCGAGCCCGGCCAGUCCCAGACAGCCGUGUACGCGGCCGUUCAGCGCAGACCACGCAGCCCAUCGGUCGGCAACGAUGUGGCAUCCAACAACUCGUUUGGUGCCGGUUCGGGCAACUACCGGACGCUUCACGUGACGCUGUUUAAGGAUCGUGUGUACGACGACUACGGGUUCUCGGUAUCGGACGGCCUGUACGAGCGGGGCGUCUACAUCAAUCGCAUACGAUCCGGUGGCCCGGCGGACCUGGCUGGACUCCUCAAACCAUUCGAUCGCAUCGUGCAGGUAAAUGGAACCAAAACUCAAGAUUUUGACUGCUGCCUAACCGUGCCUCUGAUAGCAGCUGCUGGCGACAAGAUAGAGUUGGUCCUGCAGCGCCCACUGUCGGAGUAGUGGAUAGUACUUAAUACCUGGCAUCGUCCGGCGAUUGCCUGGCAGCACCACGUACACGCCAGUUCCAUUAACGGUCAUUAUUCCGCCCGCUACCUAUAUAUCUCUCUCUAAUCAUAUCUCCACUUCACUAAACAUUCAACUACCCCUCUACUACUGCUUAUUUAUUUGCAUCCUGUUUUUCUUUUCAUUAGUCAAUACUAACGGUUUAGAGUACGACUUUGUUCAUAACAUCAUGCGAAUGUUUCUCGCUCGGGAAAUGU